AUGUCAUCUACACUCUCAUCCUUCGACAAGUCCCAGGAGGCAGUCAAUGGCCACCGCCAUCUCUCCGAACUGGGAGGAAAGGCCCCAGGAGAAGAGCCGGCCGAUGCGGCAGACCCAGAUUCCUCGCCGCGACAGCUGCAUGGACCUUUGUGGUUCCUGGUCGUGAUCAGUAUCCUGUCGAGCAUUUUCUUGUACUCCUUGGACAAUACGGUGGUGGCCGACAUAACUCCGUCGGCAGUAAACAGAUUCGGAGACGUCGUGAAACUUCCCUGGCUUUCUGUGGGGUUCCUGCUCGGUGGAGCGGCAGUCGUCCUUCCAUUCGGCAGGUUCUACGGUCUCUUGGACGCCAAAUGGCUCUAUAUUAUUUCGUCCAUUGUCUUCAACGUCGGUUCGGCACUUUGCGGCGCGGCACCGAACAUGGAUUCUCUCAUUGUCGGGCGUGUCUUGGCUGGAAUGGGAGGAAAUGGCAUGUAUCUUGGAGUCAUGACUCUGCUGUCCGUCAACACCUCCGAUCGUGAGCGGCCGGGAUAUCUGAGCUUUGUGGGCCUCGUUUGGGGGGUUGGAACCGUCUUGGGCCCCGUUGUUGGAGGCGCUUUCGUGGAAUCGCCAGCGACAUGGCGCUGGGCCUUUUAUAUCAACCUCUGCGUAUCCGGUCUCUUUACUCCGGUCUAUCUCUUCCUAAUCCCGUCCUUCAAACCGCGCAGCGGGACCAAGAUGACCUCGCUGCUGCGCGAAUUCGAUGUGGUGGGGACCAUCCUCAGCAUUGGGGCCAUCAUUACUCUGAUCAUGGCGAUCAACUUUGGCGGUGCUCUCUACCCGUGGAAUAGCGGACCGACCAUCGCGCUUUUCGUCGUGUCAGGCGUCCUGUUUAUCGUGUUUGGCAUCCAGCAGGGCAUGACAAUCUUCACCAGCAUCAGCACUCGCAUCUUCCCGUGCCAAUUCCUGCGCAAUCUCAAUGCAGUCUUCCUCUUUAUUUGCGCCUCUGCUGUUAACACUGCCGGAUUCAUUCCCAUCUACUACGUACCCUUGUACUUCCAGUUUACAAGGGGUGACGAUGCGAUCAAGGCUGCUGUGCGCCUCUUGCCAUUGAUCUUCGCGCUCAGUGCCGCUAUUCUCGCCAAUGGACAUCUUAUGUCCCGCUUCAGCUACUUUCAGCCGUGGUAUAUCUUCGGUAGUGUCCUGACUCUGAUCGGUGGUGUCUUGCUCUCUCGCAUCCAACCUGAUACUCCCGAAGCGAACAUCUACGGCUAUGAAAUUCUUGUCGGCAUCGGUACUGGUUGCUUUAUCCAAGCCGGCUACGCUGUGAUUCAAGCAGUCAUUCUUCCCGCCGAGAUGGCCUACGGAAUCAGCUUCAUGAUGCUCGGGCAGCUAGGCGGCAUUGCUUUUGGCCUGGCCAUCGCCGGUGCCGUCUUUAUCAACGACGCUGUAUCCGGACUUGCUGCCUUGAUCCCCGACGUCUCUCGCUCUGAACUGCAGCGGGCAAUCUCCGGUACCAGCGGCACAUACUUCCAGUCCCUGCCAGAACAGCUGCAAGCCAGCUGCAUUGACGCGAUUGUGGGUGCUUUGCAGAAGGUCUUUAUCCCGGUGUAUGUCGGGGCAGCUGUGAGCUUGGUGGUUUCUGUCUCUUUCACGCAACGGAAGCUGUUUAAAGAUGCUGUGGUUAUCGCGGCGUAG